AACUAUCUUGGUGUGGCGUUGCAAAGCGUACGUUCCUCAAUUUGGAAGGUAUUCAGUCACGAAAGGUUGCCUCUCCUCAAAAGUACUGCAAGUGCCACCGAAAUACUUUGGUGGAAGAAAAGUCUGCAAGUUAAUGAUUGCUAUCAUACUCUUUUUGAGCAGAAUAGCGAAGAGGUUUUUUGGAUCUCUAUCAUCGCAAAAUCUGCCUUCAGCAUAGUUGCUGUUCCGACUUUGACCAACCAUCACUGUGCUUUCACAUUGGCUAUGUGUGAUAUUUUAUUAAACCCUCAGUCUAAGUCUGUUAUGUGCAAGGAUAAAUUUAUGAAGCAUCAAAUGAGUCAAUACUUA